AGGUAGAUGAACAAAUCUUAGUGACCGGCCCAUUCGUUAUCUAUCUUCUUCCUACCACCCACCAAACUCACUUCUCGUCUACACGUGUUCGUCCAUCCACUCCACUGCCCUCCCCUAAAACCCAUUCACGCCUCCAUUGCUUUUCCUUCAUUCCGCAGUCGGACUCAAAUCCAAAUCCAAUCCGGGCCGGAUCCCCUCCGCCCCAUCUCACACGCCACAUUUCUCCAUUUCCAUCUACCCUGAUCUCCACGGCAAUUCAUCAACAACGCUGUCAGUCAGUCAGUCGAAUUGUUUGUUUGGUUGUUUCCUUCUUUGCUCUGUUCUGUUAUCUAUCUACUUCCCUCGUCCGCUUCGCCCCUAGGGCUCUGUAAUUGCAAUUGAGAGAAAGAGAGGGUUGUGAAAGUUAAUUACAGCUUGUUUGAAAGAGAGAUGAAGGCGACGAAGCGGCCGAUCCACGCCGUGUCGACAUGGGUGCGGAGGCAACCGCCAAAGAUCAAGGCUUUCCUGGCUGUAAUCUCCGCCAUGACCGCGCUCGUGUUCCUCCGGAUGAUCGUUAACGAUCACGACAAUCUCUUCGUUGCCUCCGAGGCUGUUCACGCCAUUGGGAUCUCCGUCCUUAUCUAUAAACUCACCAAAGAGAAGACUUGUGCUGGGCUAUCAUUGAAGUCUCAGGAGUUGACGGCUCUGUUUUUAGCUGUUAGACUCUACUGCAGCUUUGUUAUGGAGUAUGAUAUACACACGUUACUUGAUUCAGCUACACUGUUGACUACUUUGUGGGUAAUUUACAUGAUUCGCUUCAACUUGAAGUCCAGUUACAUGGAGGAAAAGGACAACUUCACUAUAUACUUUGUGCAGGUGAUUCCAUGCGCUGUGCUGUCUUUGGUCAUUCAUCCGACCACUCAACACCUUUUCUUCAACAGGAUUUGUUGGGCUUUCUGUGUCUACCUUGAAGCUGUUUCUGUAUUGCCUCAACUCAGGGUGAUGCAGAACACCAAGAUUGUCGAGCCAUUCACAGCACAUUAUGUAUUCGCACUUGGAGUUGCACGUUUUCUGAGCUGUGCACACUGGGUCCUCCAGGUACUGGAUACUCGAGGCCGUCUACUGACAGCACUGGGCUAUGGGUUGUGGCCUUCUAUGGUCCUACUUUCCGAGAUAGUGCAAACCUUCAUCCUAGCAGAUUUCUGCUACUACUACGUCAAGAGUCUGGUGGGAGGGCAACUAGUUCUCCGUCUCCCGUCAGGAGUGGUGUAAGAGGGCAUCCUUUUACGAGCAUCGUCAGUUUGCGUAGGGGGUGUGAUGGGUAGCUGCUUGAUUUGGCUUUCUCUAAGAGCUGUUUCCAUGGCGGGUUUGGUUAGUUUGCUUUGGUGCUUUGUUGACGCGCGUCCACAUCGUCAGUAGGGUUUGGUCUAGUGAGGAAGACUGUAAAGUUCGAGUAGCAGUUCUCUUUGCUGUUUGGAUAUGCAUGUUUUCUGGCUAAUAAUCUUAGUAGUAGUAGAUUUUACCUUCCACCACCAUGUAUAUGUUUCAAUCUUUGGUAGUCGUAGUCGUAGGUGGUUUUGGGCGUUUGCAUGCUCUGGUCCCAUCAUCCAAGUGAGUGUGAAGUCUCUCACCAAGAGCAGAAUUUGGGCUAUGGGCUCUAUGUUUGGGCCUUCCAUGUCGAAGCUCAUUUCUCCCUUUCCUUCCCCUUGCAGUCCAGUCCAUUCCCUUUUUAUGCAAAGAAAGGUUCAACUGCUUAGUGCUUGGGAUGUGGGCAACUAUACUGGUUAAUUGCACUGGAUGUCACCUAAAUCCACUAUUUCUUGCACGGUAACCAUUUAAGUGUGUUUUGUUGUAGCUAACCACUUACGUCGAAUAAAUGUAGAAGC